AUGACAAAUUUUUUGCUACCGGGCCUUCCGGGCCGAGCCCGGGCCUUGAAAAUAUCCUCAGGCCCAAGCUUUGGCGGGCCGGCCCGGAAUUUUACAAGUGGUCCUAAUCAUCAAACAACUGUGUAUGUCAGAGAGAGCGUUUUGACUCAUUUUGGUCUGAACUCGAAUGAAUUUGUCUAUCUCGGAGCUUAUAUUUAUGAGAAAAACAUAAUUAACAACACAAUGAUUACAUAUUACAAGUCUCUUGUUGAACUGAUUUUGUUUGAUACUUUUGUGACAUCAUCCCUUCUCGCCGUUAUUUACUUGGGAUAUAAAUGCUAUUAUUGUCUUAAGACACAGACACUUUCACAUCUUCCGCGUAUUCAAAACUUCAAUUCCAAUUAUUCAUUUCUCUUGUUAUUCAAACAAUUAUCCCUAAGCGAUCUUAUAAAAUCUUUCGAAUCUUCCAAACUGUUUUUCUGGAUUGCUUCUCCAAUAGUUUACAGUGCUAUUUGGAUGUUUAUUACAGCUGUGACAUUGCAAGGAAACAAAUUUACAGAUGUGAUGUUGGAAGAGCAAGUUCUUCGAAAACAAAACAUAAGUAUAUCGGAGAUUGUUUAUAUCGGUCCAAAUUAUUACCCCCAAAAAGAAGUUAUAGACUGGGUUCCUAUUCUUGGAAUGGCGACUCUGACACUGAUGAUCUUUGUUUCGAUCUACUCCAUAAUAUAUUUCGCCGCCAAAUCGUACAUCGCCAUGAACAAACUCGUUCUCACUUCUAAAAAUUCUCAACGAUACAAAGCGAGCCAAGCUCAACUUCUGAAUGCUUUAGUCAUUCAAGCCAUCAUACCAUUUGUUCUGAUGCAUCUACCUGCUUCCGCAGUCUUCAUAAUGCCCUUUUUUAGUUGUGGAAAUCAAACUUUUGCCAGUAUAUUCAGUGUUACCGUGGCUUUGUAUCCCGUUUUAGAUCCACUUCCCACCAUCUUCGUUGUCAAGUGCUACAGAGUUGCUGUUACUCGUGAGCUGAAUGCCAUUUAA